AUGAAAGAUCAUCAAUCAAUAUAUCGCAGCCUCAAAUCAUGUUUUCUUCACUUGAUUGUUCAUGAGCCAUAUGUCAAUAUGGUGUGUCUCGAUUACCCAUCGAAGACUCUGCUCCAAGAUGUCGGGAUUGGGGGCUCAUGUGAUGGGAUGGUGGUUAGGAUCGGUUUUGCUAAUGGGUCACUUGAAGUUAAGAUUUAUUCCUUAAGGACUAAUUCAUGGAAGAAGAUCCAGGAUUUCCCUAGCAAUAUAAUUGGUUUUCAUUCUAUGGAUUCAGGUAAGCUUGUGAAUGGAUCACUCAAUUGGGUUGGAACCAAUCCUAGCAAUCAGUCUUGGGUAAUGAAUGAGUAUGGCAGGAAAGAGUCCUGGACUAAAUUCGUUUGUAUGCCAUACUUGCCGAAGAAAAUUCUUGUUCUGUUCUCACAACCUUUGUGGUAUUUGAAGGAUGGUGGAAUGUUGGUGAAUUGUACUGGGACAUUGGUCCUUUGUGAUCUCAUAGAACAUACAUUCAAGCAACCUGUCAUUUAUGGUGUUCCUUAUUUUCACCAAGUGGAGGUCUAUGUAGAGAGCUUAGUUUCGCCUAAUGCUUUUAUGAAGAUGCCAACUGACCUUAACAAUUAA